AUGUCAGAGGCCAAUGUUAGCCAUGAUCGUCAUACAGGGCAAGAAUUGUCAAGUGAAGAUGAAUCCUUGUCCUCGUCCUCAUCUUCUCCAAGCAAAGAACCCCUCACACCGGCGCUUCUGCUGGAAAUUGCUAAGGAGUUGAUUAAUGGCUUUACCAUGGCACAAGAAUAUAGGAUGCUUUCAACCGCUGAACAAUCUCUCAUUAAGUUCCUGGAGGGUAGGAUCCCUGGCUUGGAGGCAGAGGUUGCCUCAGAGGUUUGCGGUGGUGGAGAAACUCUAUCCCCAUCCAAGGUGGCGUCCUCUGGUCAUGCUUGUUUGAAGGCUAAGGCGAGGCACAUUAUUACCGGGAUCUUGUCACAGCCGGCGACCUCCCUAUUUCGCCCAGAGCUGUCUGCGCCGCUGGCGCACCCACCGUCUCACCAGGUUGCUGCACCGGCUGCAUAUGUCACCGUUGGCCAGCAGGUCGUUGCCAGGUACUCGGGUGAGGAAGAUGCCUGUGCUAACUCUGGUGUACACAACAAGAUGCCAGAGGCCAAUGCCAGCAAUGAGCAUCAUACAGGGCAAGAAUUUUCAAGUGAAGAUGAAUCUUUGUCCUCGUCCUCAUCUUCUUCAAGCAGAGAACCCCUCGCACCUGCGCUUCUGCUGGAAAUAGCUAAGGAGCUGAUUAAUGGCUUGACCAUGGCACAAGAAAAGAGGAUGCUUUCAACCGAUGAGCACUCUCUCAUUAAGUUCUUGGAGGAUAGGAUCCCCGGCUUGGAGGCAGAGAUUGCCUCGGAGGUUUGCAGUGGUGGAGAAGCUCUAUCCCCGUCCAAGGUGGCGUCCUCUGGUCAUGCUUGUCUGCAGGCUGAGGCGAGGCGCGUUAUUACCGGGAUCUUGUCACGGCCGGCGACCACCCUAUUUCGCCCAGGGCUGUCUAUGCCGCUGGUGCUCCCACCGUCUCACCAGGUGGCUGCGCCAGCUGCAUAUGUCACCGUUGACCAGCAGGUCGUUACCAGGUUCUCAAGUGAGGAAGAUGCCUAUGCUACCUCUGGUGUACACAACAAGAUGCCAGAUGCCAGUGUCAGUCAUGAUCAUGGUAGAGGGCAAGAGUUGUCAAGUGCCACAGUGCCACAGUGGGUGUGAUCUAGGGAUUGUUACUGAAAAGAGCAGUACUACUAUUGCUCCAGAAACAGCUCCACCGCCUUCAGAUGGUGACAGUACAGCAGAAUCAUCGGGUGUUUCAAAUUGUUGGGGCACGGCAACAGAAGAUAAAGACUUUGAUGACCUCGGGCUUCCAGACGACCUUGGAAUUUACUGAGACUCUAAGAGAGGAGCAGUACUGUGUUGGUCGGCGCUGUGGUCGUGCAAGAUUAUUGUACUUGGCUAUUUUGGCGUUUCCUCUAUCUUAAUGCAAAAGGUAUCACUGAAACAAGUCAGCAUGGCAAGUUUCAUGCCAACCCAGUGUUACAGCACAGAAACAAACUUCUCACUGACACAAAAGACAACUCGGUGAUUUUCACGCCAACCCAGUGCAACUUUCAAGUUCAUUGAAAGCUUAUUUUCUUUGAUUUUCUGUGAACAUGGCUGCACAAAAAAUUAUAUACAUACUUAAUUACACUCUACCAUCCAGCGUGGCUCUCA